AUGGAGCGAAUGUCGGAAGUCGAGACAGCAGGUAACAUAGUGUGGGAUGCCGACGUACCCCGCACUCAUAAAAGCCCCAUGGUCGAUUCAGGUGAUCACUUGCCCUCGUUUGAACUGCUCACCUCGGAUGAGGAUCGGGAAAGAAAAGCAGAAGCUUCUAUUCCGGGGACGUAUCAUGUUAUCGUGGUCCCAGGGAGUUUCGCUGAUCUCCCGGAGUACACGGAGGGCACUCUUGAAAAGGACAUAGGUGAUCAGGUGUCGUAUCCUCUUCUCAUCAACGACGAAACGAGCCAAGCAUGCCUUAUCUCCGCUGGAGACGACCCAAAUGUGGUGAUUUUAAAAACCUUCCGAGAUACGCGAAGACCAUCGCCUGCCAACCGCAAAUGCUCGGCGCAGCCCCUGGACUCUGACUCUCAGAGCUCUUCAAUCCGGACCCCAUCCACCACGUCAAGCGUCCAGGCCAUUGCGCAUGACAAUCUACAGGCGUGGCCAGAGCCCGAGAAUAGUGAUGGUUUAUUAUUUCGACAUUUCCGUGACGUGGUGUGGGCUCAAUUGAUUCCCGAGACGACCAUGAUUGAUUGUCCGAGCGGCAGUUACAGGUUAGGCUGGGAAGUUUUCGAGCAAGAAGCGACGAGGUCCUCUCGUGUACGUGGAACUCUGUCUAUACCGCUGUGCUGCACAAAGGUCUAA